CGAUGAUGGGCUUUUCUUCGUGGGGUGAUUGAUCGAAUCCGUUGCCCCUCCUACAUACCGUAAAUAUCAAGUUUCGAAGGUUCAGGAUAUGAGAACCUCGAUUGGGGACACUGUUCGGUUGCAGCAUCACACGGCUUCUUGACAAUUGAACGUUUCAUCGAGUUGCCUAGCACAGCUACUCGGCUUCCAGUACUCCAAUGGCCAAGACACACCAAGACAAACCUGACAAAUGCUAUUUUUUCGAGAUAGUGCAGUAUUUCUGCGAAAUGGAGCAAAAGCAACACGGUGUCACUCCUCAUUGCUUCCCGACUCCUCGUCUAUUCAAGAUGUGCCCUGACCGUCCAGCGGUCGAGAUAACAAACAUCGCUAAAAUCAACAUGCAAACAGGGGAAAUCGGCAUGCCAGAGGGGAGAGACGAUCUCCCCGAAGGCAAGCUUUGGCGGGAAGUCCGUACCCACAAGGGUGGUUGACGGACUUUCGCCAGCGAGGAACAUUCUCACCAGUUUAUGCAUGGUGUUAGUGGGAAACGGUAAUAUUGGAGCACAGCACGCAACAACUACAAUGCUCGAUGAAUAUACGCCAUUGCAUCAGACUCCCAGCCAUACAGUGCCGAAGUACGCAACUUCACUUAACAAAUACAAGGAGGCCCUUGAUGGAUAAACUAUGAUGGAUAAGGCAAACUGAGGCGGUCUCUAGACGUCUUU